AUGGCUUUCCAAUCACACAUUCAACUUUCUUGUCUGUCAAUUAUCACAUUUUACAUGCUUCUCGCAACUCCUCGUGCAACUGCACUAAACUUCAACAUUGCCAAAAUCGGUCCCAAAAAUCUCAACGUUGACAUAACAGUCGAUGGAGACGCUUACAUCUCCUCCGAAGGCAUCCGCCUUGCGGCGGAUAAGCAGGAUACUGACUUCACGCAAAAAGCCGGCAGAGCCACCUAUGUCAAACCGCUUCACCUUUGGGACAAAGUUUCUGGCAAGUUGACCGACUUCACCACCUAUUUCUCCUUCAUGAUUGAUUCGGAUGGAAGUUCAAUUUUCGGUGAUGGGCUUGCAUUCUUCCUUGAACCUUCCAAUUCUAGCAGCACCGCGAGCUACGCCGUGGGCGGUGCCAUUGGGCUUCCAAUCGAUCCAUCGACAUUGGAAGCCACCAGCCCAUUUGUUGCUGUGGAGUUUGAUACUUAUCAAAAUUCUUGGGAUCCACAAAACAUCACUCCUUCUACUCAUCUCGGUAUCAAUAUCAACUCUAUUAAGUCUAAUGUGACUAAAGUAUGGUACAAUAACAUAACACAUGGGAUAGAUAAUGACGCUGUGAUUAGUUAUCGCUCUAAGUCAAAAACAUUGAGUGUUAUUAUCACUAGCUCUAUCAAUAAGGUCAUAGUCAGACAAGACCUUUAUUUUAGGGUUGAUCUAAGGAAUUACUUGUCAGAAAGGGUUACAUGUGGCUUCUCGGCUUCAACUGGUGCAUUUUUUGAAAAAAAUGUUGUUAAGUCAUGGAAAUUUAAUUCGAAUCUUUAA